AUGCCUGCCGCUUGUUCAUCAGAUGGCCAUCUGAUGAACGUUUUGGAGCGUCCACAAGCGUGUGGAUGUACUACGAGUGAGUGCGAUGGCCUCACUUGUGGUACGGUCGUUAGUACGACUGCACAAAACCUUAGUGUACCAAACGGUUACACUUCGGAGCAAAGUUCCGGCGGCUGUGAGGAAACACAGGCUGCGCCGAAGGUCCACCACUCGAAUAAGUCGGGUGGACUGGGACAAAGAUGUAUCCCUAGAGGGGAACAUCUAGAAGAGAAACAAUCGAUCGCUCAGGUUAAGCGAAACGAUAAUCCUAGAUCGACUGGAGAGUCUUUCGUAGAGGAUCUCGCUGUGGUUGCGCAACCCCAGCUAGAGGAAGUAAAGGGAAUAAGUCCCAAGAUUACAAAUACGGCGGAAAUAAGUUCCCCGAAACCCGCGGGAAUAAGUCCCCGGGAAGACGAAGGAAUAAGUCCUUCGAAGCCUGAGGGAAUAAGUCCCCAGGAAAUGACAGAGACAUUGAAUGUCAUAGUCAAUGACGGAUCGAGUGUAGGCGCUUAUACACUUGAUCUGAUUGCGCCUCCGAAGUUAACUUCGGAGAUCACUCAGUUGCCAACGCUCGAACAUAAAAGGUUCUUGCGUGAUCUGCGUAGUGGCAAAGUCAAGCAGAUCUGCAUACUCGUCGCUGACGACGAGUAUGUAACCGACAUAAGGUCAGCAACAGUGUUUACUGAGAACGAGAGAGUUCUCAGUAGUUCAUCUAUGGACGAGAGUGUCCUAGAUGAAAAGACACGAAUUGAGCGAUAUGAGUCCCAAUCAUGGGAAUCGCUCAAGGAAAACCCUCUCUAUGAGGAUUUGGUUGAAUUCAAGGAUGUAUUCCCUGAAACUGUUCCGUGCGAAUUACCGAAGGAUAAAGGUAUUCGACACGAAGUCGAGCUUAAACCAGGCUCGAAGUACUGUGUCAUGAAGCAGUGGCCACUGCCUCGUGAACAAGUACUUGCGAUCGACAAGUUCUUUGCCGAUCGUUUAGCAGCAGGCCAUGUGAGGGAAUCAACUUCCCCACAUAGCUCUCCGACCUUCUGUGUGCGAAAAGCAACAGGAGGGUGGCGGAUAGUGCACGCGUUUAACAAAUUGAACGCUGCAACGGUACCGGCUCAGACGCCGAUACCGAGGAAGGACGUAAUCAUUGAUGGUAUGUCAAAGAGUACCAUCUUUUCGUCCAUGGAUUUGAUGGAUGGCUUCUAUCAAAUCCUAAUGCGGAACAGGAUAUACCCUAUACCGCAGUUAGCACGCCUAGCGGCAUGCUCUGGGAAUGGCUAG